AUAACAUCUGCGCAUGUGUGUUACUGUGUCCGCCAUCAUUGUUGAAAUUGACAACCUAUUUUUAUUUUCAUUUUAUUUUUUCUCCAGUUUUCUUAUUUAAAAUGAAUCGAGGUCAAGAAAUAUAUAGAAAAUCUGAUCUUGAAGAAACUUCUUCAUCAAAGGCUAACAAAUUAGCUGGAGCACCAAAGACAUUAAGACAUACCUUACUGUCAUCAAAUCCAGAUUCUGAAGAAGGCAGGAUAUCAGCUGCUAUAGAAAUACAAAGAAACUGGAGAGGUUAUAACAGUCGGUCUCAUAUAUAUGAAUCAAUUAACCCUAAGGUCAGCAAAACAGCUGUUUACAGUGACAGUCGACACCAUAUUGCAAGAGAACAAGAAUUUGAUGGAAUAACAGAUGAAGAGGGUGAAGUGAUAGGUCCUCCUAAAGAAGAUAGAUUAAGGCAGUAUUACAAUGACUAUCUGGUUGAAAUGCAAGAAUCAGAUGACCCAGGGCCAGUUAUGUCAUAUGAAGAAUUCUGUGCCCUUUACAUACAGAACUGGUGGAAAAAACACAGAGAAAAGCAUCAGGAUAAAUCUCCUGUACAGCAAAUACAGUACGUGCCUCCUAAACCUCAACCAGUACAAAUACCAGUCCAAAUAUCACGACCUCGUCGACCUUUAACUGAAAGAUUAGCAGCAACAAUUAUACAGAAAAGUUGGAGAAGACAUAUUGAUAUACAAGUAUAUAGAUACUACAGAGAUUUAAUCAACUUUAAGGCUAGAGGAAACCCUGCCUUAAUGCUAAGAUGUAUAAAUCCUAAUGAAGCCAAACUAUUAGAUGGUGCCUCUGGUGUACAUGUUAAAUUUAGAUUGGCUGGGGAGAGAUUUCCACCAAAUAUAUACUAUAAGAUUUUUACACACAGACCUAUUCAAGACAUGUGUGCAAAUAGUCCGAAAAAUUACACAGUGUCAACAGUAAAACUACAAAUGGCAAAAGAUGUCCACAGUAAAGUAAGAGGUGUUCCAGAAGCUCCAGAUAAAAAUGAAUGGUACAAACGUGUAGACAACAAUGGCUGGAGACUUGUAUCAGAUCGUCUUAUUCAUCAUUUAAUGGCUGACCCUGUUACUUGGGAAACAUCAAAUAAGAAAUAUGAAUUUAAUCAUGAUAAGCUUCAAAGAAUACAAGAUGUUUCAAAGUUAAAGAAACAGAGAAAAAUAGAUUGGAUGCAAAAAAUGUACAAAGAUGGUAUGUUAAAAGCCAAGUCAGAUGAUCUGGAAACAAUUAACCUAAUAGAAGGUGCAGCUGCUGGUAUGGUUGCUACAGUAGAAAAGAUGGGCCCAGAUGCUUUAGAGGACUGGGAAGUUGAUGAGUUACUUGACUGGACCACUAGUCUUAAUUUUGAUGAUUAUUUGAGUUCAUGGAAGGAAGUAGCUACGAGUGCAAAUUCAGAGAAAUUCAUAGGCAAGUGGGAGACAGGAGUUGCAGAAGAGGACAAGAUGAGAAUAUUUACAAGUGCAGAUCCAUAUGAGUUCUCCUUAUCUCCUGGACAAUCAAGGUACCAGUCUACACAACAGUCCAGGAAUACUCCAGCAUCAAGUGUAUCAGGCAGGAUACCAGUCAACUAAAUGUUCUAUCAGAGUGAAAGUUGUUAACUGUGAUAAGUCAGUUCCCUGAACUUGUCAUAUGCAUUAAAAUUAUGCAUUUCUAAUCAUGUCAAAUAAAUUAAGUAUGGUAUUGUGUCAUUGUCUAUCACCAUAUUGAUGCUAUACAUAUCAUGACACUUCAGCUGUAUAAUGAUGUUGUGUUUAUGAAGGUAAACAUUCAAUACAUUCAAUUUAAUUGAAAUAAUGUAAAAAACUAAGCCUAGUCCAUGAAUGUUUUGUUGAUAGUGAUUCGUGAUUAGUUCAUAUUGAAUAUAUCAAGUGCUUUAACCAAAUUGAUUGUUUGCCCUUGCAGAACUUUGGUUAAGUAAAGUCUGCUUGAACUUUUAUUUUAGUAAAAGAAAGUUUUUUUUGUAUAUUCUUUCUUCCAAGUUUUUCACUGACAAUUUUAUUUAUAAUACUGUGGAUUUUUCAUAUUCACAUUUUUUAUACUAGUGCACUGAUAAUUAGGGACUUCAUUUUUGGUACUUCUUAAUAAACAAAUUGUCAAUUUUUUAAAAUUAAUGAUUAAGAAUAUUUGUCAUUACAUUGAACCAGAUUUAAAGUUACAAGGCGGAAUUUUUUCACAAAUCAGUUUGUAGAAAUUCAAACUGCUACUUUGAAAGUGUUUUGUCCCCUUGUACUAUGAGAGUACAUGGACUUGAAUAAGCAUAGUUAAAGAACGGGAUUCCUAGUUUGAAAAAAAACAAUUUUAUUUCUCUGACUUUCAGGAUUGUAAAUUUCCUAUAUAACAUAAUUUUACAUGUACAGAGAAAUAUUUAGAAAUUUAGAGGAAUGAAAUCCUUGUUUUUAAUCUUAAUAUAUUUUAUUACAACUGAAAUAGAUAAUAAAAAUGUUCAUCAAUUUUCAUAUACAUGCUUGAUUCUAUUUACAUAUCAAGAGCUGUUAUAUAAUUGUCAGGUUAAACUUGGGGUUAUCUAAGGUAAAGUCACCUUACACAUGUCUUGUUUCUACAUGUAUAACAAUAUUGAUUUCAAUGUAUAGUAUUGUUUAGACAUUUCUAGAUAAAAUUCAGAUUGAAUUGACCAAUUGUCAGUAAAUUUGUAAACUAAUGUAUGAUUUACAAUUUACUAUAUUGAAGAAAGAAAUUCCUUACAAAUAUUUGGUAUUUUUUUAAAAUGCUGUUUUAUAUAAUUUGAAAGUAUUGUGAUUUAAUGUAUUUUCAUAUAUAUGUAUGUUGUAUAAUAUUUUUGUUGAUUGAUAUAUUUUUAUACUUGUUUUCUUCAACACCAAACAUUGUUAAAAUAAAAAAAAUUAUAAAGACAAA